AUGGCGCCCUCCAAAAAAGCAGGCAAGAAACUCGGCGGUCUCCUCUCCUCCGUCACCGCCUCUUCCGGAGGAGGAGAUGGAGGCAAAGCCAAAGUGACCAAAGCGGACUGGAGUGAAGGGUUCAAGAAGAAGAAGUCGGCAGGGGUGCCGGAUAUGACGCUGCUGAGCACGAUUACGAAUGAGGCGAUCAAUGAGAAUAUAAAGCAGAGGUUUAAUAAUCAGGAGAUUUAUACCUACAUCGCCCAUGUCCUCAUCUCCGUCAACCCCUUCCGGGAUCUCGGGAUCUACACCCCCGACACCCUCGCCUCCUACCGCGGCAAGAACCGGCUCGAGAUGACCCCGCACGUAUUCGCAGUCGCCGAAGCCGCCUACUACAAGAUGAACAAUGAAAAGGAGAAUCAAUGCGUCAUCAUCUCGGGCGAGUCGGGCGCGGGCAAGACGGAAGCUGCGAAACGGAUCAUGCAGUACAUUGCGGCUGUGUCGGCCGCGGAGGAGGCGCAGGGCGGAUCGGGGAUCGAGGGGAUUAGGGAGAUGGUAUUGGCGACGAACCCGUUGUUGGAGAGUUUUGGGUGUGCCAAGACGCUCAGGAAUGAUAAUUCCAGUCGGCAUGGUAAAUACCUCGAGAUCAUGUUCAAUGGCAUGGGUCAGCCUGUCGGAGCGCAAAUAACAAACUACCUCUUGGAGAAGAACCGAGUCGUCGGCCAGAUUAGGGACGAGCGCGACUUUCAUAUCUUCUACCAAUUCACCAAAGGCGCCUCCGCCGAGCAAAAGGAGGCCUUUGGUCUCCAAGGUCCCGACGCCUACGCCUACACCUCCCGGUCCGGCUGCCUCGGCGUCAAAUCCAUCGACGACGUGUCCGACUUCCACGAGACCCUGCGCGCCAUGCAAGUGAUCGGUCUCUCGGCCGACGAGCAAAACUCCAUCUUUCGCGUCCUCGCUACGAUCCUGUGGCUCGGAAAUGUCGAUUUUGUGGAAGGAGACGAUGGGAAUGCCAAGAUUAGCGAUACGGGCGUGACGGACUUUGCGGCGUAUCUUAUGAGCGUGGAAGGUGGGGUGCUGGGCAAGGUGUUGUUGAACCGGACGAUGGAGACGCAGAGGGGUGGAAGGAGGGGGAGUGUGUAUGAGGUGCCGCAGAAUGUGGCGCAGGCGAAUUCGGGGAGAGAUGCGCUGGCCAAGGCUUUGUACAAUAACUUGUUCGAGUGGAUUGUGUCGAGGGUGAACGUCUCGAUGGCGCCCAAGGCAGCGACGGAGUAUGUUAUUGGAGUACUUGAUAUCUACGGCUUCGAGAUCUUCCAGGACAACUCGUUUGAGCAGCUCUGUAUCAACUACGUCAACGAAAAGCUCCAACAAAUCUUCAUCGAGCUCACGCUCAAGGCGGAGCAGGAGGAGUAUGUGAAUGAGCAGAUCAAGUGGACGCCGAUCAAGUUCUUUGACAAUGCUGUCGUGUGCGAAUUGAUCGAAGGCAAGCGCCCCGCCGGAAUCUUUGCCACCCUCAACGACGCUACCGCGACGGCGCACGCCGAUCCCUCAGCCGCCGACAAUUCCUUCAUCCAGCGCUCCCAGAUGCUGUCCGCCAACCCGAACUUCGAACCCCGGGGCAACAAAUUCCUCAUCAAACACUAUGCCGGCGACGUCCUGUACAACAUCCCCGGGAUGACCGACAAAAACAAGGACACGCUCGUCAAGGACAUUCUGGACCUUAUCGAAGGAUCCAAAGACCCCUUCCUCCAGUCUCUCUUCCCAGACAAGGUGGACCAGUCCUCCAAGAAACGUCCACCUACCGCUGGUGAUAAAAUCAAACAAUCGGCAAACGACCUCGUGACGAAUCUGAUGCGGUGUCAGCCGCAUUAUAUUCGUACGAUCAAACCGAAUCAGAAUCGCAGUCCGAGCGAGUAUGACGAUAAGGCUAUUCUGCACCAGAUCAAGUAUUUGGGGUUGCAGGAGAAUAUUAGGGUGAGACGGGCGGGGUUCGCGUAUAGGGCGGAAUUCUCAAAGAUGAUUCAGAGGUUUUACUUGCUUUCGCCGUCGACGAGCUAUGCGGGUGAUUAUAUCUGGCAGGGGGACGAUCGGAGCGGAUGUGAGCGGAUCUUGACGGAUGCCAAGAUUAGCAAGGACGAGUGGCAGAUGGGCGUCACCAAAGCCUUCAUCAAGAACCCGGAGACUCUCUUCUACCUCGAAGGCGAGCGCGACCGAUACUGGCACACCAUGGCCUCUCGUAUUCAGCGCGCCUGGCGCGCCCACGUCCGACGGAAACACGAGGCCGCCACGCGUAUCCAGCGAUUCUGGCGCUCACAGAAAGAAACGCUCGUGUAUGCGCGUAAGCGGGACUAUGGGCAUGAGGUCUUGGCGGGGCGGAAAGAGCGGAGGCGGUUUAGUCUGUUGGGGAUGCGCAAGUUUUAUGGCGAUUAUUUGGAUGUGGGGGGGAAUAGUCCGGCUGGGGGGUUGUUGAGGAAUGCAGCGGGGAUUUCGGGAAAUGAGAGGGUGGACUUUUCAAGUAGGGGUGAAUUGCUGGUUACCAAAUUUGGGCGGUCGAGUAAAUUGUCGCCGAGAUUUAUCAUUGUCAGCGACAAGGCGGUCUACUUUGUCGUCACGACCCAAAAAGACGGGCAGGUCAGUACGACCCUCGAUCGCAAGAUCCCGAUUGCGUCGAUUCGGACUAUUGCGAUGACGAAUCUGAGGGAUGACUUUGUGGCAUUCAACAUCCCGCCAUGCGAAGAAGGAGACCCGAUCUUUACUUGCGCGCUCAAGACGGAGAUGAUGUGUGCUAUUCUGACCAUCACGGGCGGAAGCACCACCGUCGCCAUUGGACCGACUAUCACCUAUGCCAAGAAGAAAGACAAGCAGGCAACUAUCAAGGCUGUCAAGAAUGAGGCUGUUUCUGGUGAUGGACAGUACAAGAGCUCUACGAUUACCGUCGGAUCUGGAGAGUCACCAAGUAGUGUAUCUGCGGCUCAACCACCGAGGAAGCCAAAAGUCAAGAAGGCGGCCAAGGCCGCUCCGGCAGGGAUGGCCGGCCGAGCAACUAACCGCCCUACCGCCGUCGUACUACCCGGGGCGUCCCGUCCGUCCGCUCCACCGGCGGUCGCAAAUGGCACAAGCACUACUGCUUCCGCGCUCAAACCACCCGCGGCACCAGUAGCAGCAGCGGCGGCAGCAUCGGGGACCGCUCGUGUGGCACCGUCUAUACCUGGUAAAGCACGCGCUGCGCCUCCUGCACCGCCACCGCCACCACCCUCUCAGCCCGCUGCGCCCGCAAAGGAGAUGUACAAGGCUCUGUACGCGUUCGCCGGACAGGAGGGGGAGAUGAAUUUGGUUAAGGGAGAACUGGUGGAGGUAAAACAAAAAGACGACAAUGGAUGGUGGAUGAUUACCAAGAAUGGCUCGGAAGGUUGGGCUCCGUCAAACUAUCUCAAAUUGGUCGAGUCCGCUCCCCCACCUCCCCCACCCGCCGCUCGUCGACCACCUCCUCCACCCGCGUCGAACGGUACCUCUGCCGCCCCAUCAGCAUUCUCCGCCGCUCGCGCUGCCGCGGCUAGCGGUACCUCCUCCCCUGCCUCCUCUCGUCCCACCUCUAUGAUCGGCGCAUCGGGCAAAGCGGCUCCGCCUGCCCCUAAACCCAAGCCGUCCAUUCCGGCCAAACCGAGCGUUGGGGCCAAGCCCGCCGGAAUGGGUCUCGGCGCGCCUAUUCCGCCUUCUGCGCCGGCAGCACCGACUGCGCCGGGGACGGGUGCGAAGCCCGCGAUGCCCGGUAGACCGCCAGUGCCCAGUGCGGCCAGGCCGGCGCCGGCGGGAGGUCCCGCCAAGGUUGGAGCAGUGCAGAAGCCGGCGGGGCUAUCUGGGCAAUUGGAUUUGGCUGCUGCGUGA